UGACAUUGUAAAUAUUUAAAUGUACAGUUUGAAUUGGGAUUAUUUUAAAAGGUAAUUGAGUUUGAAUAUUAUUGGAACAUAUUUAAUUUUCUAUUUUCAAGUAACACAUAUUUUGCUUUUGCUUCCUCUCAGGAUUCCAAAAUCUUCUCUAUCGAGAUGCCCAAUGCCAAGCCAAUGAACCUUAUCCUCACAUCGUCAGACACGGCCUACUGUCUAUGCAACCUCAGUACCGACGUUAACAUUUAUAUCAGAAGUGACUCCACUUCAUCUAUUCAACUACAUCAACAUCACAACAACACUGUCCACAAGGAAGACUUCCCAACUCAAGAUGAGGAGCUAGUGAAGUGGGCAAGACAGAAAUUUGGGGGUGUGACUUCAUUCACCACAAUCCGAAAUUUGAAAACCAUCACAUCGUCAGGAACAAACGGAACCAAACCUGGCCCUCGUUACUGCAUACUUAACAAUGAAGAUGCAUCAGAGAAGCCCUUUUUGACGAUUAAUACAUCACCCAUGGCCCCUUCGUACAAAUCUUGCUUCCCACAGCAACAGAACCCCAGUGAUGAGGUUGAACUUCAUAUUAUAAACAUCCCAGAGAAUGCCAACCUUCGCAAUGUAUCACUUCGUGUUGGCACUAAGAAGACCAGAGUGUUCCUGAGAGGCCCUCAGGGGACCACAUGGACCAUCCUCAACCCACAACACACCCAGUUUGGUUCUAACAAUAACGUCCUGCUGAGCACCUUACCACACACAAUCGAAUCUAAAUUGACAGUGAACAGUGACAAUGCAGAGGAUGUGCAAAGGAAGGCUUUAGAUUAUUUUAAAACCAACACUUUCACCAGCUAUACUGAACUCAGACUAGAGGACUCUUUGGUUUUACUGGAUUUUGGAAAGAACGACAGCCCUGCAGUACAAGAACCAGUCAUUCCCAUUACAACAAAUGCCCCUAAUCAGAUGCCUCUGUUGAUGCAGCUGUACACCUCCCCAGACUACCGCUCUCCCCUGGACCCUAACACCAAGGUGCAGAGUGACAGGAGAAUUUAUGCAGAGAUUUCAGGGCACACUUUUGGGGACAUUGCCUUAACCAUCAAGGUGAUCCGAUGCUUUGUGCGGUCCAAGAGCUCAUGCCCUGUAGUGAAAGAGCUGCCCUUCAUAACAGAGGCCUGCUCCUUAAGUUCUUGUCCCAACAGCACCCGACUCAGCUUCUUCUUAGAUCAGGUACAAGAUCUGACGUCCACAACAUGGGACCUGGAAUGCUCCGUCAAAGUUUGCUACAGUCAGCAUUGUGGAGAAGUAGGAGGAGUGAAGAGAAAUCUGGAGGUUACCCAGCCGUGUCUGCAACCACCAACCCCACCAUGCUUUGAUUUUGGCCUACCUGGUGUUCUGGGCAUUGCAUUUGGAGGGUUCCUGAUUGGAGUAUUACUUAUUGGAGCGCUGUGGUUUAUCAAAAUUAAAACAGGGUACCCAACUGGACUGGACAUUAGUUCAACUGCAGCAAACCUUCCUGGAUGUCCCUGCUCAGGAGCAAAACGACAACCUGUUUCUACCAACCCUUCCCCCUCUGAGAAUAGUAGUGCCAACGCUAGCAUUGGAAGCACCCAAAGUACACCGACCAGCAGCAUGGCAUAAGAUUAUGGUAAUCUCCACCACCAGCAUGGCUACCAUCUUCCUUCAAAGUCACCUAUACGGGUUUUGUGCUUUUGUUUUUGUUUAAUAAUGCUUAAACAGCAUUUCUCCCUUUCCCUCCAUUCCCCCUUCCAAUUCUCAUGAAAAAGCACAACCUACGUCUUUGACACACCAGGCCUGAAAUGGAUGUGAUCUUGGGGGGAGAGGGUGCUGGGUGACGGAUAACAGAAGUCUAAUCAAUGGCUUCUGAUGCUCACCUCUGCAGCCUCUCUGUAAAGUCAAGCUCCUAGACAGGAACUUAAAGAGGGCAAAAGAAAAAAAAUAAAUUGGCUCACAGCAACAGGAAAAACAAACCAUAUCCCCCAAGAGCUAACAGGAAAUUCACUACAUUCCUUUCAAUGAAUUGUGCUUGUGUGAUGGCAGCACAAUAAUAGUUAAACAGGAGACAAACCAGUCAAAAGACCGACUUUGAAAUACAGAUGAAAAGCUGUUUUGCAUUCACAUCUAAGCUACAAAAAUACAAACAGCUUUUGGCGAGGUCAGUCCGAAAAAAGUCAACAUCUUGUGGACUGAGAAGCUCAACACGUUAGGAUCUCAAACCAGUCAAUGAAAUGCUCACUUCAAGGGGUAUUUGUCUUAAUUGGAGUUCGAGGUCAAUGAUUAACAGCUACCUCCUAUUAUUUAGAAGUCUGGAGCUAAGCUUAAACUUAGCCCUAGAUUUCUCUGGUGAAUUGAUCUUAUUUUCAAUUUUUUAUUUUUUUUUGUUCUGUGUCACUUUAGGUGAAUCUUGUAGUUGACCCUCUGGGACAUUUGUAGCUUAUGAAACAAAGUUACGGUGCCAUUUUCAUGCUAUCAAAUAGCUGUAUCAGGGCCUUCAUAUCAAAGUUAAGUUUAUUUUUCAGUGUUUAUUGGAAAUUACAGAGAAAUAUACUUGAUUUCCUCAUAACUCGACAAAAAAAAAAAUAUUAAUCAUUUUUAUGGCCUGUUGGUAGCAAUACCUUAUGAACCAUUAAGGUAAAAACGUACUUUCAUUUAUGUGAGCUCAGAAAUAAUCACUCUUGUAAUGUACAGUACAGCAUGGCUGUAUUCAGAGCUGAGUAAUGUGCCCGUAAUGAGGAGUUAGUACCAAAACUGCACAUCAGUUUUCAGACCUCAGACUUAUACAUGGACUUAAGGGCCACUCAUACAGCUACGCCCACAGGGUGGAGUUUCCCCAAAAUAGUCUGUCUGGAGGUGGAAUUCCAGUACUUUUCCUUUGCAAUAUGUCCAUUCUUCCUCAAAUUUCACGUCUGGAGUAACACAUACAAACACAUACACAGAAAUAUACUUGUAUAGAUUGCAUUAAAGUGUUUUCAGGCCAGUUUAAUGAUCACCUCAUAUACCUGGAUGCAGCUGUUUGUUUAUGGUGUAAAAACCAUUACUCUCUCUAUUUUAACAUCAAGACUUGACAUUAAGCAAGCAUGUACUGCUUGCUCAUAUUCAAUGUCUUUUCAUUCAAAAUGUAGCCUGCCACUAAUGUUCUCUUCCAUAAUUUCAUUGGAGAUGAGUGCACUGAAUGGAAAGAAUUUUUAGACCUCUAAUGGAUGUUAUGGAUUACCAACGCAUUCAGAGAUUUGGCUUUGACAAACAAGCAAUCCUAGAUGCCUGCUACAUCCUGAAGAGUUUCCACCUCAGUGCGAUCAAACUCCUAGAGACUUGGGGGGGGGGGGUUAAGUACAAACAGUAGGCUAAAAUAUUCCAUAAUGAACUUCACAUUUAAUUAUUUUUUCUGGAGCUCAAGGAAAUUAAAUCUGUGAGAUUCAAGGCAAAUGUUUCUUUUAAACGAAUGGGCUGGAAAACCUGAUUUCCAGGUGAAAACUGGUAAACUCAGAUGUGUGGGUAAUUUUGAUAUAUGUAAAUCUUCCCUCCAAAAACAGAUUUAAACACCUGCAAGAUCUCCCCACUUUUCCCUAUCUUUUGAACUAAAACUCCUCAUAUAAGUCACCAACUCUGAAUACAGCCAGUCUGGACUCAAUAAUAUAAUCAACAGUAACAAUAGAAUAAGACCACAUUUUGUAUGCACUGUUUGUAAUGAUACAUUAGUCGAUCAAUAGCGCUUUAAUCUCAUGAAGACUGCUUUAAAAAUGCCGCUGUCACAUGACAUGCCUAAUGAUAUGGAAACUGUCAUUUGAGAGAGAUGAGUUUCUUGUUAAAAUGGUUAACUUAUGCUCUCUGCAUUUGAUAGGCUGCAUCAGCCACUGCAGUGCUAAUGCUAGACAGAAGCUGCAAGGAUGCCUAACAGGGAGUUUCAUGAGGGUUACAACUGUAGAGUGACGGUUGAUCCGUGAACCCACUAUUUGUUUCAAUGUACAAAUGUAAAUGUAUUUUAUUUUUAUUGCCACUCUUUUACCUUUUUUAAAACUAUUCCCAUUUCACAUCAAGUCUUGUGGUAUAAGUAAGCAAUUUGUAUCUACAGUACAUAGCUUUGACGCAAGCACCAAAAUUAUGAUGUUAAAACCUCUCUUUAUAUACAGCACAUUUGACACACUGAUUUACUGAUGCAUAUAUAUCUAUAUAUUCACACUCCCAAUAAUUACUCACCUUAUGAUUUGGAUUGUUAAAAUAAUUUAUGAACUUUCAAACCUAUUCUCAAAAAUAGUCAGUGUUUUUGUCUCCUCAUUGUAUGUUUAUGUAGCUUAUAACCCCUCAGUAUGUGCGUGCAUGUACUUUUUUGUAUGCAUGCCAGAUUUUUCUUUGUGUAUUUGUGUAGAGGCAGAGAACAAAGAGGGCCAGUACAAAUUGCCACUUGAGUAGUUGUGCAAUAUCAUGAGAUAAACUUGUAUUUAAUGUCUAUAUGUAAUUGUAUGAUAUUCUUACUUUGAACCAUUUUCUCAACCUGCUUUGUUCUUUUACGUAUCUGGAGAACUGGGACAAUUGUUUUCUAUCUAUCUCAUAUAGAUUUGAGUUUUCAUUACAUUGUAGUCACGUACAGUGUGUGUCACAUCACAUGUCAAAGACGGGUUGUUGGUUUUACCGCUGUUGGACUUUUGCCCCACCCCUAAGAUUCACUCUGCUGUCCAAAAACAGGGCAUAUCUCUGCUGAUACUGACAUCCUGACAUUGUAUUGUGUUCGUUGUACUGUCUUCAGUGGGUGUGAUGCGGAAGUACAUUCUGUGUCGGAGAAGCAUCCCCGUUAAAUUAAAACACACAAAAACUUGUCACUGAAAAUGCAGCAGUAAGUGAGUAAUAUUAGACCUUUUUUCUUCUCCAAACGUCAGGUAUUCUGUACCUGUAUUAAACCAGUGCAGGUGGCCGCAGCCAGGUUCUGUCUGAUCAGACAGGUUGUCAGUUAAUUCACUUGUUAACCCUGCAAAGCCCCUCAUUACCUCUGACAACAACUUCCUCCUCCUCAGACACUCUACACAGUUAACGAAAUAUGCGUGUCUGUGUGUGCAUAUACACAGUAUAUGUACUAUAUGUGUGUGCAUCUGACUGUAGGUGUACAAAAGAAACUACAUUCAUGUUAAGAGAGUGGCAGAAGAAUCCCCUAACAAUGUCCAAAUUCUGAAUUCUUACCAAAAACUCUGAAGCCUUAACAACAUGUCAAAAUGUCUGAUCUGAUUUCUUAGAGUAUAAAAUGCAGUGUUAGUAGAGUGGGCUGCCUUUAAAAUGGGUCCAUUUGUUGAGAUACUACUCAACUGAUGUCAUGUAAUUCUAUGUUGUCUCUGAAGAAAUAUAUAUUUUGUCUGAAAUUAUCUUAAUAAAGUCAAUAUGACAAACA